AAACCAUGUCCUGAAGAAGCGUGCCCAAGGGAUGGGGCCGGGACACCUCCGCUGCAUGGUCCUAUAAAUACAGGGAGACAUUCUGCGCAAUCAAAUCACUCAUUCCAGCAUCAUGACGACCAAGCCUGCUCAGCUGACCACCAGUGAUGGGGCCCCCGUUGGAGACGGAUCAGGGUGUCUGACCAAGGGCAAAUGUUGUCCCAUGUCGAUGUGUUAUUCUACAGAGCCCGCUCUGCUGACCACCAGUUUUGGGGCCCCCGUUGCAGACGAAUCAAGGUCUCUGACCGUCGGCAAAUGUGGCCCCGCAUUGAUGUCUGAUACUGUGCUGAUGGACAACCUCGCCCAUUUUAACCGAGAGAGGAUUCCAGAGAGAGUUGUACAUGCUAAGGGAACUGGAGCAUACGGAAUAUUUGAGGUGACUCGUGAUAUGACUAAUUUGACCAAAGCAUCAAUGUUCAGUGAAAUUGGACAGAAAACUAAAGUGUUUGUUCGAUUCUCCACUACAAGUCCGUCAAAAGGAUCUGCGGAUACUGUACGAGAUAUUCGUGGACUGUCUGCAAAGUUUUAUACAAAGGAAGCGAACGUCGAUAUGGCUUGCAUCAGCACUCCAGCAUUCUUCGUCUGUGAUGCUAUGAAGUUCCCGUCUCUCAAUCAUGCCAUGAAACCCGAUCCGAAGACUAAUCUUAUAAAUGACAGCAACUUGUGGGAUUUUAUGACCCUGAACAACGAGUCUGCACUUGCGAUGAUGCAUUUGUACUCUGACGAUGGGAUUCCGGAUGGAUACACAACCCUGGAAGCUUAUGCUUGUCAUGCUUUUAGACUUGUCAAUGCUGCUGGAGAGCAUACGUAUUGCAAAUUCCAGUUUACGCCUGUCGAGGAAGAAAGAUUCUUGGCCACAGACGAAGCCAUUCGAUUAGCUGGAGUGGAUCCAGAUUAUGCGACCAGGGAUUUGUAUUGUUCAAUAAAGAAUGGAAAUUUCCCACAAUGGAGACUGGAAAUGCAAUUAAUGACCCAGGAACAAAGCGAGGCGAUGCCCUGUUGCUUCACUGACAUCACUAGGGAAUGGGAUGAAGAACAACACCCCUUGAUGGAAAUAGGAAUACUUACUUUAAAUGAAAACCCUAAAAACCAUUUCAAAGAGGUGGAACAGGCGGCCUUUUGCCCGGGUAACUUAUGUCCAGGAAUAGAGGCAGCCCCGGAUAAAGCAUUUGACGCUCGUGCGUUUGCCUACGCUGAUGCGCAGAGGGCUCGAUUGGGACCAAACUUUGCACAACUGGAAGUGAAUCGUCCCAUUGUUUGUGUGAACAAUUACCAGCAGGAUGGACUCAUGACCUUUGACCAAGUGGGCAAAACCAAUUACUUUCCCAACUCAACCGGAGGUCCACAACCUAACCCAAAAUAUAAGCAGACUGUGUACAAAGCCUGCGGUGAUGUGGACAGAUACGACUGCUGUGAGGAUCAUUUCAGCCAGCCUCGGGCAUUCUAUAACGCAAUGGAAGAAGAUCACAAGAAUAGAACUGCGCAAAAUUUUGCAGAUAGUAUUUCUAGAGCAAGGCCUGAAAUACAGCCACGGGCGCUUGAUUACUUGAAUUCAAUAGAUCCCGACCUCAUGGAGAGAACGGCUAGACUUGUCACUGAGAUUCCAGAGUGUGGAGCUCCAUAGGAAGAUGUAAAGCAAAGAGAUCCGGCACCAGGCGCGGCGGUGACUCUACCGGACGUACAUCUGCUUCGUGUGACGCAACUCUGCUGCCACAAUCACUUCCCUGCACUUUCCUGCGAUUCAUGGGCUGUGGGUUUGCGGUGUCUUUUGAGCUUUUAAUGCUUUUUGACUGAGAAUAAACUUCUGCAUUGCAAUCAA